GUUUGUUGAUUUCGUGACAUAAUUUUGGCUCUAAAAGUUCGAAUUUACAGUGUGUUAGUGGGAACAGUUUCUCUCAAUUUUUGUGAAACCAAGCCCCUCCAAGUUAAGUAUGUUAAGUGGUUCUCUGUGUUUGAUCACCGUUGUCUCCGAAGGAUUGCUGACAUCCAGUGGCAACACUGUCUUGUUAAUGUAGAGGCUCGACAACGUGUGUUCGGACACAGUGAUGAUAAUUCAAUUAGUUCACUUUCUUGAAACACUGAUUUUGGUGACUUAGAUAUGCACUUUGAAUGUUAUACCAGCGAAUUUCACGUUGUGCAUUAUUUACUGACGCUGGGACUAGUUGGAAAAUGCGUAAAGAUGGUCAGUGCAUGAUAUAGUGUCGUGGUAUGAAAGUUAUUCAGAACUGGCUUCUGUUCGUACCUCACGAUUCCAUGUUUUGUGUGCUAGAGAUGGUACACUUCAGUGGCUUGGAACGUUAUCAGACAUGGCUCAGAAUACAAGCCAAUGGUGAUCAUGCUGUAACUUUCUUUUACUUCAUAAAAGCUAGAAUAAAUGACAGAAUCCUGUCUGGUUGUAUUUUUGCUAGCUAAACUGCUCCAUCCAUUAUUGUUAUUAUUAUUUUACUCUCAUACCAUUAUUUAUAUUCAUUAUUGAUUUGUUUUCUUGUUAUGCUCACUUUCUUUUCUCUAUCUCUUCACAAUCUCGUUUUUACUGUGUGGCGCUUAUAUAUUUUGGUGGACCCCUGUGCCAUUGGUUAUGUGUUUAAACGAUAAUAAUUAAUAUAAUAAAUAACAUAUAGUUCGUAAUUAUAUCGACUACCAACAAGAAACCGGCUAAACCACUCAAGUAAUUGUUCUUCCGUUAUUAAGAUUUCGAGCUUUAAUUAAUGUCGUUAAACCGCUUUUUACGGGAACAAUAAAAUAUAUCUUUGCUCGCAGUAACAAAGUAACUUGGGAAUUCUGUGUACAUUUUCUUAUCAGUGGUUUCAUGUCUGUUAACCAGCUAUAGUUAUCGAUAUUUUAUCAUUUAGUGGCUUUGGUAACAUAUCCAUUUUUAUGCCUAUUUUCUGCUUCUGUUUUUAAACACAAAUCAUGUGUUUGAUUUUGGAUUUCUGACUUUAUCUAACAUCAUUUUCACUCGUAAAAUUGAAAAGAAUUACAACUUGAAGCAUUGAAAAAUCUCAUAGGUUCAACAAAUCUCAGAGGGGUUACUAUUGAGUUAGUACCCGAGUUUGUUUAUUAAGGCGUAUUGACUAACUUGUGUAGCUCAAAAGCUAGUGCACAAAUCUGUGGUUGGUUACUGAGCUGUGUUAUUGUCCUUUCAAUAAUUUUUCCGUGGUUUUUAUGUACAGCCAAUGUCAAUGACCUUGUCAUUCCUUGCUUGCUGUGCAUUUCCAAAAGAGUCAAUUGACGACCGUGAAAUCAUUAAGUGGCAGCAAAAACGCAACAGGGAAAUAGAAAAAGAACUGAAAAAGGAGAAAAGUCGUCUUCGUCAAAGGCAAAUGAUCUUAUUAUUGGGUACUGGUGAAAGUGGAAAAAGUACUUUUCUCAAGCAAAUGAAAAUCAUUAAUGGAAAGCACUUUACAAACCAAGAAAUCGAACAGCUAAAAGAUAUUAUCUAUGAUAACAUAUACAAAGGUGUUUUAUUCCUACUGCAGGCACGGGAAAGUCUCAAUAUUCCAUGGGCUGGUGGACUUGGUUCUGCUGCUGCUCAAGCUAGUAGAGAAAUCGAGGCACAUUUUAAAGAAACUCGAAUGAUGCGUCGCGAGCGCUCUCGACUUGGUCAACCACUUUGGUUGGAAGAAGAAUUUCUGGAAAUUGUACCUUCACUGAAUGCAAUUUGGAAAGAUGAAAGUGUUCGAUUAGCAUUCGACCAACGUUCAAAAAUUAUUACUGAGAAUUUCAGUGAGAAUACACGCUAUUACCUCAAUCGUCUAAAUCAUAUUGGUGUAGAAAAUUAUCGUCCAACUGAUGAAGAUAUAGUUUGGUCACGUAAACCAACGGAAUCUAUAAUUGAAGAAGAAAUAAAUGUCCACUCAUCAUCACUUGUUUUUAUUGACGUCGGUGGACAAACAAAAGAACGUCGUAAAUGGUGUCAGUGUUUUGCUGAUAUGACAUCUGUCCUGUUCCUUAUUGCUUGCAGUCAUUACGAUGAACAUUAUCAAGAUCGAUUAACUAAAGAAUUUCGAAAUAAAUUACAUGAAGCUAUGGUUGUUUUUGAAGGACUUAUCAAUCAUAUUGCUUUUAGACGUGUUUCCAUCAUUAUAUUUUUUAACAAAACUGAUAUACUUAAAGAAAAGUUAAACUCACGUACAUCAAAUAUUCGUGAUGAGUUUCCCAAUUACCCCGUGAAAAUGGAUCCAUUUCGUCUGCAAGAUGUUCAAACAUUUAUGGUUGAAGUAUUUGCCUCUCUAGUCAAUCACAACUUUCCACCAGAUACUCAAGCUCGUUCAAGUCUUUCACACUCAUCAUUCAAUAAUACUGCUAAAUGUUCAUCUCUUCAUAGACAAAACUCUGUACCUAUGUCCACUAACGUAACAUUUACAGCCCCUGUACGAAAGCGUAUGGUCUAUCGUCAUUUCACAACUGCUGUAGAUAGGCGGAAUAUCGAAACAGUAUUCAAUGCUAUGCAAGAUACAGUAUUGCAAAAUAAUUUACGUCGUAUCAUGAUGAGCUAA